UUAGCUACGGCGCAUUUGCCAAUGUUGUAUUGCGUAUUUUAUUGAUGUGGUUCGCAAUAAAAGUGUUAAAAGUUAUACCUACUAAACUAAGUUAUAAAUAUAAACAUAAAUAUAAUAAUAAUAAUACAACAGACUAUAAAAUAAAAAUCAUAUAAAUAAAAUAAUUAAUAAAAAAAAAAAAAAUACGAAAAUGAAAGCAGAAAUACCUUACCAAGAUGUAACGAUUGAAUCAAAAAGUACUGUACCACCUACACUGUUAUCGAGUCUAAGGAGUGUACUUUUUGUUAUUGGCACUGUUGUCAUUGGCUUUGCUGCGUUCUGUAAUUCAUUGACUUGGCACUUACAAAGAUUUUGGGGUGCGUCGGGUGACUUUUGGCAAGCCCAAUGGGAUAAAAUUCUCGAUGCAGUUGGCGAUGAUCCACGAACCCUAUGGGUAUAUGGCUCCCUAUUAUUGACAUUUGUUGUCUACUGGUUAUUUGGCGGCAUUUACACGAUUUUAGAUGUAACAAAUCGUCCUGCAGCAUUAAGACGCUACAAAAUUCAACCUGGAACCAACGAACCUGUUGACACGCGAGCAUUGCUCAAAGUAAUCGUUCAAGUAUUAUUUAAUCAAGUAGUCGUCGGUCUUCCAGUGGUCUACUUAAGUUACUAUCUGAUGGAAUGGCGAGGUUAUCCACAAGUCCGUGAACUACCAACUUUCCACUGGGUAUUGGUUGAAAUAGCUAUUCAUAUUCUAUUUGAAGAAAUAGGCUUCUACUAUUCACACAGGUUACUACAUAGCCGUUAUUUGUAUAAAUAUAUUCAUAAACAACAUCAUCAAUGGACAGCACCGAUUGCAGUAACGGCAAUUUACUGUCAUCCAAUGGAGCACAUUGGAUCUAAUUUAAUUCCACCGUUCAUUGGAGUAUUUAUUGUUGGCUCUCAUGUUGCCACAGCUUGGCUCUGGUUUUCUCUCGCCAUUUUGUCAACAUUGAACGCUCAUUCCGGCUAUCAUUUGCCUUUUUUCCCAUCACCGGAAGCACAUGAUUUUCAUCAUUUGAAAUUUAAUCAGUGUUAUGGAGUUUUAGGUGUACUAGAUCGUCUUCAUGGUACAGAUACACAGUUUCGUAAUUCACGUGCUUGUGCACGGCACGUUAUGAUGUUAAGUCUUAUACCAGCAAGAGAAGCGUUUCCGGAUGAUGAAAUUAAGUACAAUAAGUUAAAAUAAAUUUAACCUUUAAAUGACAUUCAUUAUCAUAUAAAUUAUAUUAUUAUUGUAUUUUAUUACUAAUUAGUUAUUACUAAAAUUAUGUUCUUCAUUAAAUAAUUAUAAUUUUAUACGAUACUAUACAAAUCAAUAAAAAGCAGUUAUUGAUA